UUUUUUUCGUUCGAUAUACAAAGCAGAGACCGAAGCUCAAAUUAGCAGUCCCUUGCAGCGAAAAAUCCCUUCCCGGAAGAAGAAGAAGAAAGAAAGUGAGCUCUGCCCUAGUUAUCAAUGGCUUCCCGUCUCCUGUCCAGAUCCAGACAGCUCUAUGCUAGUCAGGUUGUUCUACCGCAUGAGUCUGCCAUUCCAGCUCGUUACUUUUCGGCCAAGUCUGAGCCGGAACUGAAGGGAGAUGCGAUGCUCAAGAACAUCUUUCUGGAUGUGAAGAAAAAGUUUGAGACUGCAAUGGGAAUUCUUCGAAAGGAGAAGAUAACCAUUGCACCUGAAGAUCCAGCUGCUGUUGCUCAAUAUGCAAAGGUCAUGAAGACUGUCAGAGAGAAGACUGAUUUGUGGACUGAAUCUCAAACUAUCAAGCAUGCCAUUGAGUCAGAAACAAAAGAUAUCCCAGAUGCUCGUGGUUACUUGCUGAAAUUGCAGGACAUGAGAAUCAAGCAGGGUCUCAAAGACGAGCUUGGUGCUGAAGCUAUGAUGAUGGAUGCCUUGGAAAAAAUUGAGAAAGAACUCAAGAAACCUCUCAUGAGGAAUGAUAAGAAAAAUAUGGCUAGUCUCAUGGCUGAGUUUGACAAGAUCAAUCAGAAGCUUGGAGUUAGAAGGGAAGACCUACCGAAGUAUGAAGAACAGUUGGAACUCAAAAUUGCCAAGGCACAAUUAGAGGAGCUGAAGAAGGAGGCUGAAGAGGCCAUGGACACCCAAAAGAAAAGGGAGGAAUUCAAGGACGAGGAAGUGCCAGAUGUGAAAUCUUUGGAUAUCCGGAACUUCAUUUGAGGCUCUCACGUGCCCUUUAUUUCUUCCGCUGCUUCAAUGUUGCAGCUGCCUGAUGGCGAGCUAGGAGACUCUGCUGCAAUGUUGGUUUGAGAUUGUGACGAAUACCUCAACUCUGUUUUUGCUUGGAAAAAUAAGAAAGGCUCUUCUGUUUUCUUGGAGUACUGUUGCAACUGAGUAGUAGAUAUAGUUUGAGAGUUUUCUCUGUGUUAAUUCACUUGCAAUCCAAGGAGGUCACAUUCUCUUAUUAAGGAAUCCCAAUUCUUAAGGCUUAAAGAAUUCUCUGUCUACUCUUUAUCUCCUUUCCCCAGGUCUAUCUUGCUCAUGAUUCUCCGACUGGAAGUAAUCUGUCGUCCAUCUGGAAAGAAAAGAUGACAAGUUUUUUCAAUUACCUUGCAAAGUCCUGAGAGCAGAUCACCGUCUUCUUGAAUCUGUGACCAUUUACAGACAUUUUUCAGACAUUGAUCAGAUGCCACUGGACUUAAAUACCAUUGAUGGCUGGUGCCACUAGACUCUGCAAAUUCCUCAAAAGUUUAAUGGUUGAGUUACCACAAAAACUGUACUUCAAUGUUUGAUUUCUCCAGUUUAUAAUGUUCAGUGACACU